AUAUGGUCCAUGUAUUUCAAAUGUUCAACUUUUUAGAACCGUCAAUAAAAGCAAUGGAUUCGGUUGGUUAUUUUGUAAGAAACGUUCUACCAAUUCAUCAACGAAACUUAAUAUCGCAUAAUAGAUAUUGUGCAAAUGAGUGUACUACCGCUGGAACUCUUGAAUGCAGUAUAGCUCGAUUUCG